CGGCUCUCGAGCGCCCGGCGCCUCCGCGGUGGCCGCCCCUCGCGCAGGGCGGCCGCCAUGUCCCGCCGGCAGCCGCGCGGGGGCGGGUAGCCCUGGGCAAGCGAGGCGCCGAGCUCCGCGCCGGCUCGGCGCGGCGCUGGCCGAGCGUUAGGAGCAUGGGUCCGGAUUCGCAGGAUGUGCUGGCCGCUGAGGCGGACAUGGACCGCCUGCGGCGCGCCAGGGCGGCGCAGCAGGCGCUCGCGCCGCAGGCGCCGACGGUGCCGCAGCCCGUGGCGACCCACGCGCCGGCGGCCCACGUGGAGGCA